UACAUUAAGAUGGCAGCAUUUGAUCCUAGCGAAAAGAAAAUAUCCGUUGCCUUUGUAUGUUUGGGUAAUAUUUGCCGUUCGCCAAUGGCAGAAGCAGUUUUUAAACACACCGUUAAGGAAAAGGGGUAUCUGGAAUAUUUUAAAACCAUUGACUCAUUUGGAACUUCCGGUUGGCAUAUCGGAGAAUCUCCUGAUUCAAGAUCAGCGAAAACUUGCCGUAAACACGGAGUUCCUGUAAAUCAUGCUGCUCAACAAAUUUCACCUCGUGAUUUUGAAAAAUUUGAUUAUGUCAUAGCCAUGGAUACUUCUAAUAAGGAGGAUUUACUCCAUAUGAAGCCUCGGAAUUCCCCAACUAAAGUUAAUUUAUUUGGAGAUUGGAGAACAAAUGAAAAGUUUCAAAAAAUUGUUGAUGAUCCAUAUUAUGGGGGAAUUAAUGGAUUUGAAACAAAUUUCGAACAAUUAACUCAUUUCAGUGAGGAAUUUUUAAAGAAGGAAAUAGGGGAUAUAUAA